UGUUGAAAACAAUGUUUGUAUUAUGUUAUAUAAUAUUAAAUAUAUAUAAUGUAUAAAUAGAUAUAUUCUGACACAAUGUCAUCGUAUUUAUAUUGCAAUAUCAUUGUACUUUAAUCUAUAAUUUAUAUAAUGAACAUCCCACAUUCAUCUUCAAAAUUGUAAUAAAUAUUAAUUAUUACCAAGUACCUUGUGGUUUAUGGCUCAUUAAAAAUACAUAUUUUUAGAGAUAAAAUGUUAAAUAUGUGAAUAAAAAUUGUUACAAUAAAUCGUUUAUACAAAGGAAACAAUAUGAGUGGUAUCUGCAGCCGUUAUUUAGUAACAAAGAAUGUUUUUCUACAUCAUGGGAAACAAGACUUUGUCACUUCAACUUUUGCUUAUUACCCAUCUUCCAAACAAAAACGCAACAAUUCUAGUUCUGUGGUACCAGUCAAACUGGCAUAUGUUUCCUAUGAAUCAAUGAGUGGGAAAAGUAAUGCUCCAAAACAACCUGUUAUAGUAAUGCACGGUCUCUUUGGUUCAAAAAAUAACUGGAAUUCAUUAUCAAAAUCAAUCCAUCAGCAAACAUCUCGUAAGGUAAUCACUAUAGAUGCAAGGAACCAUGGAGAUUCCCCACAUUCUACAGAAAUGUCUUACAAGCAUAUGGCAAAAGAUAUAGUUCAACUAAUGAAUGAUUUAGGAUUUGAAAAAACUGUAUUAGUAGGACACAGUAUGGGAGGUUCCGCGGCGAUGUACGUAGCUUUAAAUUAUCCACAGUUAGUUGAAAAAUUAAUAGUAGUGGAUAUGUCGCCAGUGAGAACUAGUCCUCAGCUUAUGGAAAUGGAGAAAAUAUUUAGAGCGAUGAGUAAUGUAAAUCUAGAUGGAAUUACGACGCUUACGAAAGCUCGGAUUACAGCAACGGAUCAACUUGCAGCUGCCAUUAAAUCUUUAAGUUUACGUCAGUUUUUAAUAAUGAAUUUAGUAGAAGCAGAUAUAGGAAAAUUCAAAUGGCGGGUUAAUUUACCUGUAUUAGAACAAAGUUUUGCGACCCAAAUAGCCGUAUUUCCUCCUGUAGGAUCGAAAGUUUAUAAUGGGCCUACGUUGUUUAUAGGGGGCUCUAAGAGUGAUUAUAUCAAAGUAGAAGAUCAUGGCAAAAUAAGGCAAUUAUUCCCUUUAGCUGAAAUUUUGUAUAUAAAUGACGCGAAUCAUUGGGUUCACGUAGACAAACCGACAGAAUUUUUAAAGAUCACUACUAACUUCAUUAAACGAUCAUAAUUUAUUGUUAUAUCGUAAAUGUAAAAAAAGUACACAGUGAUUUUUGUAAAUAUAUAUACAUAUAUAUUUGUGAAAUGUUUAACAGUACAUAUACAAAAUAAGAAAGAAAUAGCAAAAGAAAAUAUAACUAUACACAGUGUGAACAAAUUGUGUUUUCUGUGUUUAAAAACUUUAAUACUUUUUUAGUCUUUUUUAUCUGUUGUCUCCAUGAAAAAUACAUAUUUCAUGCCUCCCAUUUAUAAGGCCAUAUUUUACUACUCAAAGUGUAAAACUUUUGUAAGAUAUUUCAUUGUUUAACACAGAAACGUUUAAUGAAAUAAGUAAAUGCAUUAAAAGCAUUGAAAAAAUUGUACGUGAUGCAAUUGUUGAAAUCAAACAUUAAUGUAAAUAUUUAAAGAAAUUGAAAAUAUAAGUUAAAAAGAAAGCUAAA